AUGGAGCUAGCCGAAGGGCCAAGUACAGAACUUGCUAAGGCCAUCAAGCCUAUCGAUCGGAGGUCAGUCCAUCAGAUUUGUUCUGGACAAGUAGUACUGAGUCUAAGUACUGCUGUGAAGGAGUUGGUAGAAAAUAGUGUGGAUGCCGGUGCCACUAAUAUUGAUCUAAGGCUCAAAGACUAUGGGGUGGAUCUCAUUGAAGUUUCAGACAAUGGAUGUGGGGUAGAAGAAGAAAACUUUGAAGGCUUAACUCUGAAACAUCACACUUCUAAGAUUCAAGACUUUGGUGACCUAACUCAGGUUGAAACUUUUGGCUUUCGGGGGGAAGCUCUGAGUUCACUUUGUGCACUGAGCGAUGUGACUAUUUCUACCUGCCACGCAUCCGCGAAGGUCGGGACUCGGCUUGUGUUUGAUCACAAUGGGAAAAUCGUCCAGAAAACCCCCCACCCGCGACCCAGAGGGACAACGGUCAGUGUGCAGCAGCUAUUUUAUACACUCCCUGUGCGCCAUAAGGAGUUUCAAAGGAAUAUUAAAAAGGAGUAUGCCAGAAUGGUCCAAGUCUUACAAGCAUACUGUAUCAUUGCAGCAGGCAUCCGUGUAAGUUGCAGCAAUCAGGUUGGACAAGGAAAACGCCAGCCUGUGGUUUGCACAAGCGGAAGCUCCAGCAUAAAGGAGAAUAUUGGAUCUGUGUUUGGGCAGAAACAGCUGCAAAGCCUCAUUCCUUUUGUUCAGCUGCCCCCUAGUGACUCUGUGUGUGAAGAGUACGGGCUGAGCCACGGUGAUGCUUUGCAGACUCUGUUUCGCAUCUCUGGUUUCAUUUCUCACUGUGCUCAUGGUGUUGGAAGAAGCUCAACAGACAGACAGUUUUUCUUUAUCAAUCGGCGGCCUUGUGACCCGGCAAAGGUUUCCAGACUUGUGAACGAGGUCUAUCAUAUGUAUAAUCGCCAUCAGUAUCCAUUUGUUGUUCUUAACAUUUCUGUUGAUUCAGAAUGUGUUGACGUCAAUGUUACUCCCGAUAAAAGGCAAAUUUUACUGCAAGAGGAGAAGCUUUUGUUGGCAGUUUUAAAAACAUCUUUGAUAGGAAUGUUUGAUGGUGAUCUCAACAAACUUAAUGUCAGUCAGCAGCCGUUGUUGGGUAUUGAAGCUUCUGAGAAGUUGCCUGAACUUGACCGUCGCCCUGCAGACACGGAGCGCAGUUCCAAUCACGAGGACGGUGGACGUCAACAUAGGGUCUCGCCUCCGCCCGUAGAUGCGUCCUCCCCAAGCACACGGCGUUUCAAAAAAGACGGCAUUCCUUUGAAUCCUGACGUCCCCCAAGGGUUGGUGACUGCGCAGAACGCGUCAGCGUCUCAGGUCGACGUGGCUGUUAAAAUCAGUAAGAAAGUAGUGCCCCUGGCCUUUUCCAUGCGGUCUUUAGCGGCACGAAUAAAGCAGUUACGUCACCAAGAAAGGCCACAAGAAGGCGAACAGAAUUACAGGAAGUUCAGGGCAAAGAUCUGCCCCGGAGAAAACCAAGCCGCCGAAGAUGAACUGAGAAAGGAGAUAAGUAAAACGAUGUUUGCAGACAUGGAGAUCAUUGGUCAGUUUAACUUGGGAUUUAUAAUCACCAAACUCAAUGCAGAUAUCUUCAUAGUGGACCAGCAUGCCACGGAUGAGAAGUACAACUUUGAGAUGCUCCAGCAGCACACGGCCCUCCAGGGUCAAAGGCUUAUCGCGCCGUUGACAGACCUGAUGAAUUCCUACCUGGUCAUUAAGGAGAAUGAAGUAGAUCUUUUGUACGUGGCUCUGGGAACAUCAGUGAUCAGCGAGCGCUGGCAAUGUGAUCUGACAGCUUUUGAAAGGAAUCCCUGGCCGCUGAGUGGAGAACAGGUGGAGGGGGAAAGCGGGGAGGUCUUCAGAGGCCCUGUGAUUGCCAAGGUGAUGAUUGGAACCGCCCUAAACACAAGUGAGAUGAAGAAACUGAUCACCCACAUGGGUGAGAUGGACCAUCCCUGGAACUGUCCCCACGGAAGGCCGACCAUGAGACACAUUGCCAACCUGGAUUUCAUUUCUCAAAAGUGA